UCCGACAGUUUGUGUACUUCCUUAGGUGUACUUGUUGGUUUGUUCCAGAGUUGGGACGACAGAAAAUUGAUGUGGAAUCCGGAUAGUUAUCCUCCUGAGGUCACUGAACUCUACGUGGACAGCCAUGAAGUUUGGACGCCUAUCCUGACUUUAUCAGGAGAUGCGCAUGAGGACUCCAGGUACCGCAUGCCCCGUUCUGCCGUGAAGAUCUCCAGUACCGGACGUGUGACGUGGGAGAUCAACAUGUUGGUGAGGGCAAGCUGUACCCUGGACCCGUUCUACUUUCCCAAAGACACCAUGGAGUGUGACAUGUGCUGGAAACCCGCAGAAAACGAACACAUCGUGUGCGCUGCAGCUGGAGACACUGACAAUGACACAUCCUUCCUUGACUGUGACGGAAGUUCUCUCACUGAGACCGGGGAGUGGAAAGUUGACAUCUCUCUUCUAGUCCAAGAUAGAAAAGAAGGCUGUCUCCUUUUCCAACUAAAGCGAGGCCAUGCCUACCACAUUGCCGUAGUGGUUUUCCCCUGUGUGGUCCUGGCUAUGCUGAUGAUCAUCACAUUCAUGAUACCCAUAGACAAGGGAGACAGGAUCGGGUUCGGAGUGACCAUCAUCCUGUCCAUGGUGGUGUACCUGGUACUCAUCACCGACCAUCUGCCGGUCAAGGGAUCUCUGCCGGCUCUAGCCCAGUGGAUCGUGCUGUCUAUGACGAUGAUGGGGUUUUUCCUGAUGGUGACGGCUGGCAUCAUGAACAUCCACGGCAGGGACGGGGACCUCACACCCGCAGUCAGAACUUUCUUCCUGGUGUUCCUGGCGAGAAUUCUGCUGAUGGGAAACCUCUUCAAGGGUUUACAACGGUACAGACUCGAGUCCCGCAAAGGCAGCAUGUACAGAAAGCAGGGGGGAGAACGCCAUUCCUACCCAUUCACACGGGUGGAAGAACACAAGCGCAGGGCACUACGAGCUGCGAAGGAUGUCCGGCAACCAGACCCGACAACCUCGAAGACUGCAGACGACAUCUCCGCAUCACAUGAGUUACAGAAGAGCAUCAACGACCUAAGUUUUAACAUUGACAUGCUCCGAUCUGGCAUUGCCGCUAUCAAGGCUACUGACCCAGGGCUAGCUGAAGAGGAUAUUACUCAGUACACCAUGUUGGCUAGAGUUCUGGACAGAAUGUGCAUAUUACUGUACGUCAUCAUUUUGGCUGGAUCGGUGCCUUUUGUUCUUCAUCAGAACUGAACUAAGUAAGACUCAAAGGUAGUCUGAUGUCGUGAACAUGGAACCGGAAAACAGUUGUCGAUUGACCGUCUGUAUCGGUUCGUUUUUUUAAAACAGUAUUCUCUUCCAAAGAUCUAAAACAUGCUAAAAGAAGGAGUUUCAGGCGUAGUCAGGUGUCGUAAACUAUAACAUUGCAUCAUGUAAAUUCAGCAUAGGUGUAGAAAAGGCAAGACCGCGGCACUGCCAAACUCUUUACAGAAACUUCAGAUUAUUGUUGUCUUGUGGGAAUAUAUGAACCAAAGUACACUAUAAACCACGAAUGUUCUCUUGUCCUAUACGAGUACAAUAUGUACUAUUCUGUACUAUACCUACUAUAAGACUAUGAGAUAUGAAGUGCAGUGUUGAUGGAAAUUUGUAUAUCAAAACAAUUGACAGCAUCCUAGAUGUCAUUUUAUAAGAUGUAUUGUUCCUAUUCUGUGUAUCGAAAUUACACGUAUUGUAUACAAAUCUGUGUAAUACUAACACUAACCAUUAUUCAAAAACUGAAGAUGAAUUGCACGAUCCUCCGUGGUUGUGCUUUCAAAGCUAUAGACACAGUCCAUCUCGCCUUUCGGAACAGAGGGAGGCCGAGUGAUUUAUAAUGUGCUGGUGACAACAUUUUCCAAGUUGUCGAAGUAUCUUGGCUUACAUACAAGCUGCCAGUCUAUAGCUAGGUUAUUAAUUUUGCACGUAUUUCUUACAACAAGCUGGUCACAGAAUUACAAUUUUGUUGGCAAAGGCUGGCUCUCAACAAACCGCAUUGCAAUGCAUGACGUUUGGCAUGCAAUCGCAAUGUGGCGUCUCGUCGACAUUCUUGACAAUUAACAAUGAGCAAGUGCCCUUUUAAACCGUUAACCCAAGGAGGUUUAAACCUCCUUGGUUAACCUUUAAUCCCCAAGAUACGUUAACGUCCAGACGCCACUGAACAAUACCAACUGUCUUAUCUUCUAACUUCUUUAUAUUCCAGGCCCCUGAGGAUAAGAGCUAAAAGCAAUUGAUGCAGAAAAGGGGAGUGAUUCAAUCAAUAUAUAGGUCAGCAACCGCCUCAGAUAACAAAUGUAUCCGACACAAUAGUAAUGGGAAAUGUCAUGACUUGCCGGCGGGGGCGCGCUCUUUGUUUGGAAUGUCGUCCCAGAUAUACUACCCGUGGAAUCAACCAUUCCUAUACCCAUGGCGUUGCUAUAGUAUAUAACGCUAGUUCACCUUUAUCCGCGGAAUAACCUAAAUCCGUUUUAUUUGAAAACACGGUAUU